GCUGACCUCCCCGUACGAACGAACGUCGUCGUCCUUCUGACCAGCGACAUUAUCAUCGUCUGGUAUACAUAAUUCGAUCAAAAAAGUCCCAUAAAAAGCCGUGAAAAUGUUGGGCCGUUUUGCACCGGGUGUCUGCACCCAGGUGACCAUGGGGGUCAACCAGCAGCAGAACCGUAACAUGGCCACAUUGAAAGCCAUUUCUAUGCGAUUGAAGUCGGUAAAGAAUAUCCAGAAAAUUACCCAGUCCAUGAAGAUGGUGUCAGCUGCUAAAUAUACUCGCGCUGAGCGUGAAUUGAAAGCUGCCCGUCCUUAUGGUGAAGGUGCAGUGCAAUUCUAUGAAAAAGCUGAGGUUGCCGCCCCUGAGGAUGAGCCCAAGCAACUUUAUAUUGCCAUGACAUCUGACAGAGGUCUCUGUGGAGCUGUCCACACUGGUGUUUCUAAGGUCAUUCGUGGCCGUCUCAGUGAGCCAGGAGCAGAGAACAUCAAAGUUAUCUGCGUUGGUGACAAGUCUCGCAAUAUCCUGCAACGCUUGUACGGGAAGCAUAUCAUUGGUGUCGCUAAUGAGAUUGGUCGUCUUCCCCCUACAUUCCUGGACGCGGCUAAGAUUGCCAACGCUAUCAUGACUUCCGGAUAUGACUUUGGUUCCGGCAAGAUCAUCUACAACAAGUUCAAGUCUGUGGUCUCUUACUCACAGGCUGACUUGCCGAUGUUCAGUCAGAAGGCUAUUGAGAGCGCCCCGAAACUGUCUGUUUACGAUUCAUUGGACUCUGACGUCCUUCAGUCAUACAUGGAGUUUUCGCUUGCUUCUAUGCUCUUCUACGCGAUGAAGGAAGGCGCCUGCUCCGAACAGUCGGCCCGUAUGACGGCCAUGGACAACGCCUCCAAGAACGCCGGCGAGAUGAUCGACAAACUGACCCUGACCUUCAACAGAACCCGCCAAGCCGUCAUCACCAGGGAACUUAUCGAAAUUAUCUCUGGUGCUGCCGCUCUGGAAUAAAAACAUUAUAGUUGAAGCGGUUGGCGACCGAUCUGUCAGAAUGCAACAUAAUUUAUUUAUAAAAUUUAAAAUGUACACGGAAAUAUUCAUUAUUUCGAAUAGAUUAUUUUAAGUGUAAUAUGUUAUUAUUGAUUAAAAUGCAAAAUGUUUUUUAUAUCUCAUGGAUGGAAUCGGAUUAUAAAUUACGCCAUUUUGUCAACCGUUUUCGAUAUCGUCUUUAUCCCGUUACUGCCGAGUUUUCAAUAGCGAAAUGUAUGUUGCUGACAUUCCCGAACGAGUGUUUUGGUUAGUUGUAAAUUCACACGCAAAUACAUAACUGGCUUUUCUACCUUUACAAAUGGUCAAACACUCGUUCGAUUCCUUGGCUGAAUGUUUAUGAAAUACUUAUAAGGAUCAAGUGGUGGUUAGCAUUAAAGUAUUGUUUAGAUACCAAA